GCGAGCGGGUGUGCGAGCACAGACUCUCGUUCACGGCAGUUCUCUCAGCGACGUCCACAACCUCACCUUCCCUUCCCGCCGCUGUCCCUUGUACGCCUGUGGCACUACUUCCUGUUCGUCCUCCCCGGCGAUCGUGUACAACGAUCCUCCCCUUCGCGGGGGCACCGUUCCCACCGAAUGCCGCCCUCACAGACCCAUGGUCCGGUCUGAGAUCUGAUGCGCGUCCCGCGGGUGUUGUCGGUGCGAUCCUUCUCGCACGUUCUUCACUCGAUCAUUACCUGGCGCGCACGAAGAAGAAGAAGAAGAAUCACACACGCUCUUCUUUGCUGCGCGGCGCGUUUUUUGUUCCGCGGCGGAACUUUUUUUGCCACGCUUUGUGUAUCACGUCGUGUUGGUGUUAACCCGCAAAACUUUCGCUCGCGGCUCUCCCCGCUACGCAACGUACGUCACACACAUAUACACUUCGUCGACGGGGACACACUACUGGCGACCGCGACACUGGGCCCUCUCGUCGCUGCUCUUGCUCGCUCUCAAGCGGCGGCAACGGUGGCUGGACGGUGACGGAUCGCCUACUCCUCGGGUAACGGUGCGCUGAAGAAACUGAAUCACAUCACGCGCAACCCAAGCCCGCGGACCCGCCGACGAUAUCGGACGAUGAGACGCGCGGGGAAGCUCCUGCGCCCGGUACGUGGGGAUGUCUCUUCGCACAAUUCGUGUUUGCGCGACCGACCAUUGUGCGCAAACAGUGGCGUACUCUCGGAGCGAUGCGCGAAAAGUGUUUUACUUAAAUCGGCGCAUUUCAUAGCUUCGGUCGGUAUCAAGAUACCAACCUUAUGUUCCUCGUCGGGUUGUUCGGCAAGUUUGCAGCGGUUUCCAACAGGUGACACAUUGGCGCGCUUGUCCGAGCGUGUGUACAACCCACACACGCGCGCGGAUGUUCCUGAAAACAUAUCGAGCGGCACAUGAGCGCGUUGACAUAAGCUGAGUUACGUGAGAAUCGGUACGACGCUUUAAAUUUUGUUGAGGGAAAACGGGCUACGUACGUUUUUUUUCGAAUAUAUGUCUGAAAAGUUGGCAAAACACUUGUAGAGCGACUUUGGACACCUUGUUGAGGUUCACCCAGAGCUCGUUGCUUUGUUGAUUUAUCUUUGGCCGAACAAGAUCUCGCUCGAUGAGUUAUUCCAAAGAGAGAAAGAAGUUACGGUAGAAGUGGAGGAUACUUUUCUGAAAGGUAUAACUCAAUUGUUUCUCGCAACAUCAUGUCGACCAAGAGAAAAAGCGACACUCAAGUGCCGGCGGAAGAGAGCGAUUUGCUAUCGAUACGUCCGCUUGGCGCGGGUCAAGAAGUCGGCAGAUCGUGCAUCAUGUUGGAAUUCAAGGGUAAGAAGAUCAUGCUGGACUGCGGCAUACAUCCCGGUCUGUCCGGCAUGGAUGCUCUUCCCUUCGUCGAUUUGGUCGAGGCGGAUGAGAUCGAUCUCCUGUUGAUUUCGCACUUUCAUUUGGAUCACUGCGGAGCGCUGCCCUGGUUCCUGCAAAAGACAAGCUUCAAAGGUCGCUGCCUCAUGACACACGCGACGAAGGCUAUUUAUCGCUGGCUGUUGUCCGAUUACAUCAAAGUGAGCAACAUAGCCACUGAACAGAUGUUGUAUACCGAAUCCGAUCUUGAGAGCAGCAUGGACAAGAUAGAGACCAUCAACUUUCACGAAGAGAAAGAUGUGUUCGGGAUCAAGUUCUGGGCUUACAACGCGGGUCAUGUUUUAGGAGCGGCCAUGUUCAUGAUCGAGAUCGCUGGUGUGAAGAUUCUGUACACCGGGGAUUUCAGUCGUCAAGAAGACAGACAUCUGAUGGCUGCCGAGAUUCCGAACAUACAUCCCGACGUUCUGAUCACAGAAUCGACUUACGGCACUCACAUUCACGAAAAGCGAGAGGACAGAGAGAGUAGAUUCACAAAUCUCGUACAUGAAAUUGUCAACAGAGGAGGCAGAUGUCUGAUACCUGUGUUUGCGUUGGGAAGAGCUCAGGAGCUUCUUCUUAUUUUGGACGAAUAUUGGAGCCAGCACUCGGAACUUCACGAAAUACCAAUUUAUUACGCCUCUUCCUUGGCCAAGAAGUGCAUGGCCGUUUAUCAGACCUAUGUAAACGCGAUGAACGAGAAGAUCAGACGACAAAUAGCCAUUAACAAUCCGUUUGUGUUCAAGCACAUAUCCAAUUUGAAAGGAAUAGAUCACUUCGAAGACAUUGGACCGUGCGUUGUGAUGGCUUCGCCUGGUAUGAUGCAAAGCGGCUUGUCCAGAGAAUUGUUCGAAUCCUGGUGCACGGAUGCGAAAAAUGGCGUUAUAAUAGCCGGUUAUUGCGUCGAGGGCACGUUGGCCAAGACAAUUUUGUCAGAACCCGAGGAGAUCACGACCAUGUCCGGGCAAAAGUUGCCGUUGAAAAUGUCUGUUGAUUACAUAUCGUUUUCCGCUCAUACGGAUUAUCAACAAACGUCGGAAUUUAUUCGCACUUUGAAACCGCCUCACGUUGUUCUGGUACACGGCGAACAAAACGAAAUGGGUCGAUUGAAAGCGGCGUUGCAACGGGAAUACGAAGACGAUCCCAACACAACCAUGGAGAUACACAAUCCGCGAAACACGGUCGCGGUCGAGCUCUACUUCAGAGGUGAGAAAACCGCCAAGGUGAUGGGCACUCUAGCGAUGGAAGUUCCCAAACCGGGACAGAAACUGUCCGGUGUUUUGGUUAAGAGAAAUUUCAAUUAUCACAUGCUCGCUCCUUGCGACCUGUCCAAGUACACGGACAUGAGUAUGAGCCAGGUCAUACAGCGACAGAGCGUGUACUUCUCCGCGUCGUUGCCCGUGCUGAAACAUCUCUUAACGCAAAUAGCCGGCACACUUGAGGUGAUCGACGACAAGAAACUCAGAGUGUUCAAGAACGUCGAUCUCACGAUUGACGGUAAGAUUGUCACGAUGGAGUGGAUCGCGACCCCGGUUAACGACAUGUACGCGGAUUCCGUUCUCACGGCGAUACUUCAGGCCGAACUGAUGGAUCAGUCGCCGAAAAUGUUGCCCGCUCCGACCAAGAUGGAUCGAAUGCAUUUCAAAGAAUGUCUCAUAGAGAUGUUGCAAGAAAUGUUCGGCGAGGACUCUGUGCCUAAGAUAUUCAAAGGUGAGAAACUUUAUGUCACCGUUGACGGUAAGAAGGCGCAUAUAGACCUGUUGAAUCUGGAGGUGACCAGCAGCGAGGACGAGACGUUUCAGCAGAUAGUUCAAACAGCGGUAACGAAAUUGCAUCAGUCGUUGGCACCGCCUAGCGAUAUAUUAUAACGCGCGAUGAUAAAUUAUUUUGUAAUUAGCAAAAAUAUAUAUUUGUUUACAAUUAUAUCCUAUAUAAAAUCUUUUUAUAAGGAUUAUAUACGCUCUUACAUGUAACUCUUUAUUUUUAAACAAUAAAGUUAUUUUGAUAUCAUCUAACGUAAACGUCACAACGAUAAUAACUUGUUAUUAUUUUGAAACAGUGGGUACGCACAUGUGUACUGAUGAUUCUGUGUAAGAUUUAUCAAGUUUUCUCUGGCGCCAACAUACUGCGAUCGAUAUCCUGAUUGUAGUCGCUUGCAAUGUUGAUUGUUCA